AUGCAUAUUAUUUCUAUUGAAAUUAUUGUUUUAUUUCUUCCCAUUGUGACUAUUAUUAGUUACACUGAGACAACAACUAAACAAACAACAUUGUCUCAAAAUACUGGUUUUCGUUCAUGUCAAAAACCAAAAGAUGGUCAACAUUUAUGUUUUUGUGGAAAAAACAAUGCAAUGUAUGAUCGUCUUAAAGGCGAACGAUGCAUCAGGGGAAAAGUGAUUAAAAAAGGAAAUCAAAAGAGUGAAACAUCAAAACUUGCUGGUCUUCGAUUAACAACUAAACCAAUUCAUCAAUCUACUCGUGAUGAUAAUAAAAAUGUUCCAUGCAUAGGACUUAGAUUCAAACCACUGAAUGAAACUCAACACGCAUAUGUGCCACUUCGUAAUGUAUCGGUUGAAGCUUGGAUUGAUUCUUUUGCUGCCGACGUCACUUUGACCCAAGUGUUUUUCAAUCAGGAAGAAAAUCCUAUUGAAGCAAUUUAUGUAUUUCCUAUUGAGGUAUGUCAUUCGGAAGCUAGGUUUGGUUAAUAUUUAAUUAGAAACAAGACUCACAGUUAAAAUUCGUAUAUGUACAAAUUAACUGUUUAGACAAUUCAAAUGUAUAAAAAGGAUGAGAGUUGAUAAGAACAUUCAUCUCUACAAGCUAUUUUCUGAAAAAAAAGUACAUGAUGAUAAUAAGUCAACGUUGUACUAUAACAUGGGCAUAUUUACUUAUCGUUAUUCGAUAUUGAGUUUUUCCGUUUGUGUACCCCAAUACAGCGCACCUGAAAGUUGCUUUUUCUUUUUUUUGAGUUGAAUAUAUGCAAAAACAAACAUUGAUGAUGUUGAUUAAGAAUAUCAUCUUACGAGGGAGGUACCCGAAGUGAUUAAUCGGUUUUGAGUUCAAACUCUGUGCACAAGGUAGACCCCAGUAAGGUGCGAAAAAAUUCAAAAGGAUAAGGGCCCAUAGGCCUUUCCUCCAG